UGAGCCUGUGCUCUCUCUCUGCCAGGUACGGCUUUGUGGAGUUUGACGACCUGCGGGACGCGGACGAUGCCGUGUACGAGCUGAACGGGAAGGACCUGUGUGGGGAGAGAGUGAUCGUGGAACACGCCCGAGGCCCUCGCAGGGACAGCAGUUACGGUUCAGGACGCAGUGGAUAUGGUUAUAGAAGAAGCGGAAGAGAUAAGUAUGGUCCUCCCACCCGUACAGAAUACAGAUUGAUUGUGGAAAAUUUGUCGAGCCGCUGCAGUUGGCAGGAUCUGAAGGAUUAUAUGCGUCAGGCAGGGGAAGUGACAUAUGCAGAUGCACACAAAGGAAGGAAAAAUGAAGGUGUGAUUGAGUUCAAAUCCUAUUCUGACAUGAAAAGAGCCCUUGAAAAGCUGGACGGGACAGAAGUAAAUGGCAGGAAGAUUAGAUUAGUGGAAGACAGACCUGGAUCGAGACGGCGCCGCUCCUACUCCAGGAGCAGAAGCCAUUCAAGGUCUCGCUCUCGGAGCAGACACUCACACAAGAGCAGGAGCCGCAGUGCCAGUAGCAGCCGCUCCAAGAGUAGAUCAAGAUCCAGGUCUGUGUCCCGAUCCAGAAGCAAGAGCCGUAGUCGAAGCAAGAGCCGUAGCAGAGGCCAAAAAGAGAAAAGCAGGACUCCAAGUAAAGAGGAUAAAAGUAGGAGCCGCAGCAGGAGUGCAGAGAAAUCCCGAAACAAAAGCAAGGAUAAGUCCGAGGGCAAUCUCCAUAACAAUGAUGAGAAAGCCAAGAGCAGGAGCCGCAGCAAGGAGAAGAGCAGGAGCAGGAGUGGGAGCAAGGACAGGGGAGAGGUGAGGGAGAGCGUGAGGAGCAGGAGCAAGGAGAAGAGUAGCAGCAAAGACAGGGAGAAGAGCGUUAGCAAGGCUAGAAGCAGGAGCAAGAGCAGGGAGGAGAGUAGGAGCAGGAGCCACAGCAAGGACAAGAGGAAAAGUAGGAAGAGGAGCAGGGAUGACAGCAGGAGCAGGAGCCGCAGCAAGAGCGCCAAGAGCAAGAGGCGCAGCAAGAGAGAGAGCAAAGGCAGUGGCAAGAGGAAGAGGAGGGACAGCCACGAGCGCUCCAGGUCAGGCUCCAAAGACCAGGAGCAGCUCAAAGCAGAGGCUGACAAGGAGGCGAAGGGAGAGGGGGAGGACGAGGUGUCUCACUCCAGAUCUAGGUCCAUUUCUAAGUCCAAACCAAAUAUCAAAUCUGACUCUCGCUCCAGGUCAAAAUCCAUUUCAAAGCCAAGGUCCAAGUCCAGGUCUAGGUCUCCCUCUAGGUCACAGUCUCGAUCGCGGUCCAGGUCCCGCUCCAGGUCCUAACCUUGCUGCAGCCCCACUUGGAAUGGUUGGAGAAGUCUUUUGUACAUGUUCAGUAGCUGUAGCCAAGUGAUUGAAGUAGAAACCCUGUCGAUGCUGUAUAUUUUUAACAACCCUGAUGGUCUGUCUGUCACUAACUGCAGUGCUCCCUCCCUGCAAUGCUCCCUGGGGUGAGGCUGUGCAUUUUCUAUCCCUCAGAAAGGUUCUCUUUCAAUACAGCUCUUCCCAGAGCCCUCAAAUUGCCCUGUUUUCCAGGAAGGGCCUUGCAGGGAGCGAGCGCUGUGCCCCGGUGGGUUUAGGAGAUUGCAGUGAUGACUGAUAGGUAGGUCUGAUGGCUUCAACAGUCUUUGCCCUCGAGCUGAUGCCCUUUGAUGUAUGCCAUUUAGUGGAAGUGCUAAGUCUUAAGUUUCAUACUACUUUUGUUCCAUAUUUUUUUGGACUUACAAAGUUGUGAAUAGCACAGUCAAAAGGAAAAAAAAAUAAUAAAAAUAGAGGUACUUGCAGUAAUCUAUAGGGGAAAAGAAGUAUAGUCCCAUAUUCUGGUAUUGUGACAAUAUCCUUGUUUUAUAUUAAAAUUUUUUUAUUUUAUUUUUUUCCCUGUCUUGCAAAGUACAGUGACUCCUGUUUCCAUGAAAUUUGAAUAAAGACUAUUUUUGCUUGAUGACA